AUGUCAAAUAACCCCUUAAGCCUAUCCGCGUCUCCCGGGCCUAACCCCUGGAAGGCUGUGUUCCUGUUCGAAGAGCUCGGGCUAAACUACGAGAUCAAAUCAAUCCGCUUCGACGAUGUUAAGAAGAAGCCGUUUAUUGAUGUGAACCCCAACGGCCGCGUACCGGCCAUAGAGGAUCCAAACACGGGCCUAAUAUUAUGGGAGUCAGGGGCUAUUUACCAAUAUGGUCAAUGUGGUUGGUUUCAACAUCUACAUUCGGAGAAGGUCCCGUCAGCCGUCGAACGCUAUAGUAACGAGAUCAAACGCGUGUUGGCUAUUAUGGAGGGCAUAUUGGCCGCUAAGCCUGCUAAUUCCCAAUGGCUCGUAGGUCAAAAAAUGACAUUCGCGGACAUGGCCUGGCUACCAUGGAACUUUCGUCUCAGCGAGACGUUGCUCCAGUCUUGGGACGAGGUGUGGGAGGGUACCCCUCAUGUCCGUGCCUGGCAUGAACGUAUGGCCGAAUUGCCCUCCUGGAAGAGAUGCAUGGAAAUUCGUGCUCGUAUCGAGACCUUUACCGACUAUGAGGCUAAGAUCGCCGCUGGUCAGGAUACUACAGCGAAGCAGUGA